UUUGUGGAUCCCCUUCUGGCAUCUGAAGAUUGUCAGCAUUUUGCUCCUGGAAAUGUUCAGCAAGACUGAAGAGUUUGAGUGCCCAGAGAGAACACAAUUUCAAGGGAAGAAAAUUGAAAAAGGGAUAGAUAGCUUGAUCUCCCACCUGUGUUUUGAAAGUGACCUGAGCUUCUAGCUACCGAUGGGCAGUUACGGCUUUUCCCAAGCAGAAGACCAAUGUGUAUAAGUAUGAAAGCUUUCUGUAGUCUCCAGGAAUCUUUUUUCCUGCCUAAAUUCUCCAGGAAUCAGAGAGUCCUCCGUCAUUGGCUGACCCAGAAAACCAGUCAGAUGGUGUGCAGAGAACUGUCAAGUGCCGUGGUAUGCUGCUGGGACAGGCAGAUGGUGGGACAGAGUGUGCCAACUAAAAGAACAGCUGAACUAGAGCUUAACUCUUGACAGAGAUGAGCAGAGAGCAAAACGGCUGCAGGAUUACCGCUGAGAACAUCCAUGUCGCUGGCAUUCCAGCAGGUCAAAGCCCGUUUUGCAGGAACGUUUAUAAUCAACAGCCACCAAUACCAGAAUUAAGCACGAUCAAGCUUUAUUUCUAAAGAAGGAGCAACUGAGACAUCACAGCAUUAAAACAGAUUGUCUAAGUUCACAGGUUCUUGCAGGUGAACUGUUCUUCAAGGAAUGACCCACUUGAAGGUAUUACCCAAGACUCACUCCACACGGAUCAGAUCUUUCUCACACGACGCAGCCCAAAGAGGGAUCCUCUUUGAGCAGCACCUCCCCAGCCUUCUGAAAAGUCUCCUUGCUGUUCCAGCAGCCAUUUUCUCACCACUCGCCCCCAUUCUCCAGGGAGGCACCCAUGUCCCAGAACCGAUCAUGAGCACUGCCUGUGAGCCCGGGCAGAACCCCUUUGAGGGUGGAGGUGGCAGCAGCAGCUCUGGAGCCCCCCGGAGGACCAGAGCCCAGCGAGGGGCUGAAGUGCAGGGCCAAGCCAGCGACGACAUGGAUGCCAACAGCAAUGGCUCCAGUGGCAACGAGUCGCACGGCGAUUCCCAUAGCAGCUCCCGCAGCAGCGGAAACGGCAAGGACUCGGCCCUCUUGGAAACCACCGAAAGUAACAAGAGCUCCAAUUUCCAAAGCCCAUCUCCUCCCAGCAGCUCCAUCGCCUACAGCCUUCUCAGCGCGAGCUCUGAACAAGACAACCCGUCAACUAGCGGCUGCAGUAGUGAACAGUCUGCACGAGUGAAAACCCAAAAGGAGCUGAUGAAGGCACUGAAGGAGAUGAAGAUUCGGCUGCCAUCGGAGAAGCGCAGCAAGGGGAAAUCGGGCACUCUGGCCACGCUCCAGUAUGCACUCUCCUGUGUGAAGCAGGUCCAAGCCAGCCAAGAUUACUACCAGCAAUGGACCAUUGACAACAGUCAGCCCUGCCAUCUGGACAUGUCCACUUACACCAUCGAAGAACUGGAAAAUAUCACCUCGGAGUACACCCUCAAAAACCCAGACACGUUCUCAGUGGCCGUCUCUUUCAUCACUGGGAAGAUUGUCUACAUUUCGGACCAGGCAGCCUUCAUCCUGCGCUGCAAGAGAGAUGUCUUCAAGGGGGCCAAGUUUGCAGAGUUCCUGGCGCCGCAAGAUGUCAGCAUUUUCUAUGGGUCCACGGCACCAUACCACUUGCCCUCCUGGAGCGCCUGCACCUCUGCCACUGCAGCUGCCAUGGAUUACACCCAAGAGAAAUCUGUCUUCUGUCGUAUCAGCGGAGGCUACGGGCGUGGGCUGCGCUACUACCCUUUCCGUCUCACACCUUACCUGACCAAAGUGCGCGACUUGGACAGCGCCGAGGGACAGCCCUGCUGCCUGCUCAUUGCAGAGCGGAUCCACUCGGGCUACGAAGCUCCCAGAAUCCCUCCUGAUAAGAGAAUCUUCACCACUAGACACACCCCCAGCUGCUUAUUCCAGGAUGUGGAUGAGCGGGCUGCCCCUCUGCUGGGUUACCUUCCCCAGGACUUGAUUGGAUCUCCUGUUCUUUUCUACCUGCAUCCAGACGACCGGCCUCUUAUGCUGGCCAUGCACAAGAAAAUUCUGCAGUAUGGCAGCCAGCCCUUUGACCACUCGCCCAUCCGCUUCUGCGCCCGCAACGGCGAGUACGUCACCAUUGACACCAGCUGGUCCAGCUUCGUCAACCCCUGGAGCCGCAAAGUCUCCUUCAUCAUGGGGAGGCACAAAGUGCGGACGGGCCCUCUCAACGAGGAUGUCUUCACCGCUCCCAAAGUGUUGAAGGUGAAGCCCGUGGAGCAGGACAUCCAGGAGCUGUCGGAGCAGAUCCACCGGCUCUUGCUGCAGCCCGUGCACAGCAGUGGAUCCAUGGGCUUGCGCAGCAUCGGCAGCAAUGCAUCCCACGAGCAGUUCCUGAGCAUCGCCUCGUCCAGCGACAGCAACGGCAUCCCCAACGAGGAGGCCCAAGCGGUCCGACCGAUGACUUUCCAGGAGAUCUGCAAGGAUGUGCACAUGGUGAAGAACCAGGGCCAGCAGGUCUUCAUCGAAUCCCGGGCCAAGCCCCAGCCCAGGAAGCAUCCUCGAGCAGCUCUCGAAGCACCAGCUGAUCAUCAUGUGCAGCCAAUGGAGACUGUGAGGGCCGGGGAGAUACCAGGCAACGCAGCUGCCUCGGAGGAGUCGGUGAGGAAGGAGUCCUCCAACUACUCCUACCAGCAAAUCAACUGCCUGGAUGGGAUCAUAAGGUACCUGGAGAGCUGCAACAUUCCAAGCCGUGUGAAGCGGAAGUGCGGUUCUUCCUCUUACACGACCUCUUCCAAUUCUGACGACGACAAGCAGAAAGUGGGCGAGGAGGCAGCCUGUCCAAACAAAGAUGCCCCGGAGGAAAUGCUGCCGACCGCAGAGAGCCAGCCCAAGAGGGAAGAGCCUGGGACGGCAGCAGCUGCCGUGGUGGGAGGCCCGCUCACGCCACUGGCUGCCUUGCCUAGCAAAGCUGAGAGCGUGGUCUCCGUGACGAGUCAGUGUAGCUUCAGCAGUACCAUCGUCCACGUGGGAGACAAGAAGCCCCCCGAGUCGGGUAGGGGAGAUAUUGUAAUGAUGGAGGAGGCAGCGCCCAGUGUGACCCCGGACCGGGAGCAGCAGUACCGCAAGGUGGGGCUGACGAAGGAGGUGCUCUCCGUCCACACCCAGAAGGAGGAGCAGGCCUUCCUCACCCACUUCAAGGACCUCAGCCAGCUGCAUGUCUUCAACCCCCCCUUGGGCUGGCAGGAGAUGCGCCACGGUGGGCUCCGCGUGGAUCGAGGGCACAGGGGUCUGCGCCAGGCUGCCCGGGGUCCAGGCUGCCGUGGGCGGAGCAGGAAGUCCAAAGCCAAACGCAUCAAGCAGAACAAGUUGUCGGACAGCACCAGCUCCCCGCAGCAUUCCGGUUCCAUCCCCCAGCUUCCGGGAGCGCCUGCGUCCUCUUCGUGGCCACCCUCGGGCAACUCCCAAGCCAGCCUUCCCACCCUGCCCUAUCCCACCGCCAUGCCCACCUACCCCAUUCCCAUGUUUCCCCCUCGACCUGCUCCCCCCCCGGCUGCUGAGCCCUCCCAGACCCCGCUUCCCGUCACGCAGUUCCCCACCCCACAGUUCCCCACUCCGCUGGUCACCCCCAUGGUGGCCCUCGUCCUGCCCAACUACGUCUUCCCCCCCGUGAACAGCCCGCUCCCCCAGUCCUACUUCCCCGGCAACCCCAUCUUCCCCUUCGGCCCUCAGCCGGGGAGCAUGCCAGCCCCUGGGCCCGAAGCAGGCGUGCAGGCACCAUCGCGCUCCUCCACCCCACACUCCAUGAGCCAGCCUGAGCGGCCGGAGUCGCCCCUCUUCGACUCCCGCUGCAGCUCCCCGCUGCAGCUCAACCUCCUGCAGAUGGAAGAGAUGCCAAAGGCUUGUGACCGGCAAGAAGCAGCCAGCAGCAACCCGGCGGGACCAGCAGGGGCCACCACGGACUGGGCUGGCGUGGCUGGCGGGCAGGGGCUGGCCAGCGAGCUCAGCCCCCAGAAGGAAACGUGCAUGGCAGAGACUCACGACUCCUCCAACAACGACGCGCUCUCCAGCUCCAGCGACCUCCUGGAUUUGCUCCUGCAGGAAGACUCGCGCUCCGGCACGGGCUCGGCUGCCUCGGGCAGCGGCUCGGCUGCCUCCGGCUCCAUGGGCUCCGGCUCCAACAGGGGGAGCACCUCUGCCAGCGGCACCACAAGCAGCAAGAGCAGCAACACCAGCAAGUACUUUGGCAGCAUCGACUCCUCGGAGAACGACCUGCAGGGCAAGAAGCGCUCCGAGGUGGAAGACAACGAGCACUUCAUCAAGUACGUCCUGCAGGACCCCAUCUGGCUGCUGAUGGCCAACACCGACGACAAGGUCAUGAUGACCUACCAGCUGCCUUCCAGGGACAUGGAGACCGUGCUGCAGCAGGAUCUCGAGAAGCUGAAGCAGAUGCAGAAGCGGCAGCCGCGGUUCACCGAAGAGCAGAAGAAGGAGCUGGCCGAGGUGCACUCCUGGGUCCAGAAGGGGAUCCUGCCCAAAGCUAUCAACAUCACGGCCUGCAUGGACUGUGGUAGCAACCCUGCCUCCAAAGUGGCCCCCCUGUACGACGUGGAGGUCCACGACAUGGACCUGAAUGGUAUGCUGGAGCCAAUGGAGGAAGGCAGUGGGGGACAGGCCUGCCUGCCCCCUCUGCCCCUGGAAAUGGCCAUGGAGCAAGAGGAGGCAGGAGAGCAGCAGCCAUCUCGGGCAGAGGCCAUCGUGCAGGAAUUGGGCUAGGCACCCAGGCGUCAAACUGCAGACUCUUUCUCUUCCCUCAAAGCCGAGGUAAUUUCUGCCGGCCCCGAGCUGGGACGCUGCUGAGCAGCAGGGUUCGGAGGCAGAAACUCCCCACAGAGCCGACGAGCGUCUCUCUUGCCGCAGCUCCGCCGCCUACGGCCAUCCAGCGGCUACCAUGGAGAGGCGUGUCUCACGUCACAGGCGCGUGUUGGGCCCGGUCAGCCCUGCGGUCCAAAGGAGAGAAUGUGAUGGGACUGUAAGCCCAGGACCAGCUUCUUCUGGCACUGAACUCGGGGCUGAUGGUCUCCCAGGAUGCAGAAGGUCCCUUCUGACCUUGAUCCACUUCAGCUGGACCAGCCACCCCCAAUCCUUGCUGCCUUACUGAGGAUUUGGACCUAGAUGGCCCGUGACAUGGGGCGGGGGGACCCACUUUUUAUGUAUUUAUUUUUGCAGAAUUGUCAUUUGUUGUAUUUUUGGGGUUAUGUGUUUUUUUACUUCUCUGCGGGCAAGCUCUUGAAGGGGCCUGUGUGCAGAACCAAUAAUAAAAGGAAAAAAAGGAGAGUGAGAGGCUGAUUUGUGGGCCCUGCUCUCAAGAAA